GAAGUCGAGGUUAGCUGCCCCAUUCAAGAUGCAACUCCACAAAGCAGGGACCAAGAUCAAGGUCUUACAGUAAACGGUCUCUAUAAAGCUCUUUGCUUGGUCAAAUCUGUGCCUAACCCCCUCUUCCAUCUCAUCAUCCCAUAUACUACAUCACUAUACAUCUACCAUCUACACAAUGAGACUGCAAUUCCUCUUCUUCCUUCCAGCAGUUCUUGCUUGGUGGAACUGCGAGCUUCCUAGAGGUACUGGCGAUAACGGCCGCUGCGUUGAUGGUACUACGGGCAACUGGGAUGCUUGCUCGGCGAGUAACCCUUGCCGAGUCCAAGGAAAUGGGUGCAGCCCUCAAGGCAGCAGAGUUGCGAACUGUUCUUAAGAGGCUACGGUGGCCUUGGGUCACCUGUUAGACAGAAAGGGUGUCAAAUCGGUCAUUAAGCUGAUAAUAAUACGCCAUUCUGUUGAGGCUCAAGGGAUAUGCGAUGGUGAGCUCGUCUCGAAUAUUAAAAUGAUAGCCUAUCUAUGAGAAUCUUAGAUGAAUUACCCGCUCUCUUCGCCUUGUCUUUCC